AUGGUGAAAUGUAGGGGUUUCAAGCCCCAAGGCAUGGUCCUCAACCCGAUUCGACGGGUCGUCUCUUCCGGGCCGUCGCUGAUGGAGAAGCUGCAACGUGACUCCAGGCCGACGUGGGAAGAGCUCCGAAAGAUGCUGAAGAAGAAGGAAGAAAGCGCCAACGAGUUUCUCGAGCGCUACGAAAACGAACAGUUCUCGGGGCAGCUGGAGUUCCCUCCUGUCGGGGAUCCUGGCUCGCCGCUGCGCUUUCCCGUCGACGGAAAGGCGAGCGUGCGAUUUGGCCUUUUUGGGUGGUUGGAGAAGAGCUUUCGGAACUCGAAGAUCGAGGAGCAAGAAAGGCAACAUCUCGAACUUCUUCGACAAGAGGCGAAGCAGAGAAGAAAACGUGCGCGAGAGGAGGCAGGGCCCUCAGACUCGAGCGCCGAGGAGUCGAGCACCGGCGAGCGAAGUGACGGCUCCGACAGCGACAGAGGGAGCAGUGGGAAGAAGAAGAAGAGCGAGAAGAAGAAGAAAAAGAAAGACAAGAAGAAGAAGCACAAGCGCGAGAAGAAACGGAAGAGCGAGAAGUCUGAGUCUCGACACAAGGAUUCCGGGAGAAACGAUCCUGCAUGCGCCGCUUCCAACAACCCGUAUCGCCUCUCCAACUUCUUCAGCGAUGUGCGCGCAGCGGAAGGCCCUGCGAGCUCCUCGAAGGCGUGA